UACAAGGGCUUGGACAUCAUCACGAACAAGGUUUCUCCCCAGGAGCAGCGUCUGUGCAGGCACCACAUGAUCAGCUUUGUGGACCCCCUGGUCUCUAACUACACAGUUGUGGAUUUCAGGGACAAAGCUGUGCCUCUUAUUGAAGAUAUCUUUUCCCGAGACAAGAUCCCGAUUAUUGUGGGAGGAACCAACUACUACAUCGAGUCCCUGCUCUGGAAGGUCCUUAUCAACACAAAGGAGAAGGCCAGCAAGGCCCCCGGGCUGGUCACUGACAGGAAGGUGGAGCUGGAGCAGCUGGAUGGUGCUGAGCUGCAUCGCCUGCUGAGCCAGGUGGACCCGGAGAUGGCGGCCAAGCUGCACCCCCACGACAAGCGCAAACUGGCCAGGAGCCUCCAAGUGUUUGAAGAGACAGGGAUCCCCCACAGUGAAAUCUUGCACCAGCAGCAGCAGGAGGAAGGUGGGGGACCCUUAGGGGGGCCCCUGAAGUACCCACAUUCCUGCAUCCUUUGGCUCCACGCAGACCAGGCAGCUCUGGACCAGCGGCUGGAGCAGCGGGUGGAUGCCAUGCUGGCUGCAGGGCUGCUGGACGAGCUGCGCGACUUCCACCGCCGCUACAACCAGGAGAGGGUGGCCAGGAACGGGCAGGAUUACCAGCAUGGCAUCUUCCAGUCCAUUGGCUUCAAAGAGUUCCACGAGUACCUUGUCAGUGAGGGGAAGUGCUCACCUGAGACCAGUGCUGUGCUGCUGGAAAAAGGCAUCCAGGCCCUGAAGCAGGUGACCAAGAGAUACGCCCGGAAGCAGAACAAGUGGGUCCGAAACCGCUUCCUGAGACGUCCUGGGCCCAAUGUGCCCCCAGUGUAUGGCUUGGAGGUGUCUGAUCUCUUGCGGUGGGAGGAGGAUGUGCUGAAACCUGCUCUGGAGAUUGUGGAGAGCUUCAUCCAGGGACGUGAGCCCCCAGCAGAGCCUGUGAGGAUGGAGCACGACGGGAAGGAGAACAAGCGGAGCCAUCGUGUGUGUGAGCUGUGUGACAGAGUCAUCAUUGGGGACAGGGAGUGGGCAGCUCACACACGAUCCAAAUCCCACCUGCACCAUCUGAAGAAGAGAAGGAAGCUGGAGGCCACCAGCCGAGCUGCAGAGGGGGGCAGUGGGGCCACAGAGACGUCGGACAGCAGCUUGCCUUUGCCUUAG